AUGGCAAAAGCUUCAGUUGCUGCAACAACCAAUACAGACACUACUACAGCUGCUCCAACAACCACUACAGAGUCUCCAACAACCACUACAGAGGCUACAACCACAACUACAGCUAUCGCAACCACUACUGCAGUUACUCCAACAACCACUGCAGAGUCUCCAACAACGACUACAGAGGCUACAACCACAACUACAGCUGCCCCAACAACAACUACAGUUGCUGCAACAACAACAACAGAGUCUCCAACAACAACGACUACAGAGGCUACAACCACAAGUACAGCUGUCGCAAUCACUACUACAGUUACUCCAACAACCACUACAGAGUCUCCAACAACGACUACAGAGGCAACAACCACAACUACAGCUGCCCCAACUACAACUACAGCUGCUGCAACAACUACAGAGUCUCCAACAACAACAACAGAGGCUACAACCACAACUACAGUUGUCGCAACUACUACUACAGCUGCUCCAACAACCACUACAGAGUCUCCAACAACGACUACAGAAGCUACAACCACAACUACAGCUGCCCCAACUACCACUACAGUUGCUGCAACAACAACAACAGAGUCUCCAACAACAAUGACUACAGAGGCUACAACCACAACUACAGCUGUCGCAACCACUACUACAGUUACUCCAACAACCACUACAGAGUCUCCAACAACCACUACAGAGGCAACAACCACAACUACAGCUGCCCCAACUACA